GUGAAGAACCACCUGCACUUCCUGGAGGCCUUGCCCCAUGUCAAACCAUUUUACACUGUUAAGUGCAACAGCAGCAAGGGACUUGUGCGGCUGCUGGCUGAAUUAGGGGCAGGAUUUGACUGUGCUAGCAAGGAUGGUUUUGCGCAUUGCCACUGAUGACUCCCGGUCCUCAGCUCGCCUGAGUGUGAAAUUUGGUGCCACCCUUAACUCCUGCAGACACCUGCUAGAGACAGCAAAAGAGAUGAAUGUGGAGAUUGUUGGCGUCAGUUUUCACGUCGGCAGUGGCUUUGUUGACCCACAGAUCUUCGCUCAGUCCAUAGCAAAUGCUCGGCUGGUGUUUGAAAUGGGCAUGGAGCUGGGCUACAAGAUGCACCUUUUGGACAUUGGAGGGGGAUUCCUGGGCACUGAAGAUACUAAAGAGACUGCAGCCGUGAUAAACUCAGCCCUGGACUUGUAUUUCCCGGAAGGCUGUGGGGUGGAGAUCAUCGCAGAACCUGGACGAUACUACGUGGCUUCGGCUUUCACCUUGGUUGUCAGUGUCAUUGCCAAGUGGGAGGUUCCCUUGGAUCAGCCUGGCUCAGAUGAGGAAGAGCCCAGUAGCAAGAAGAGCAUCAGGUACCACAUCAACGACAGUGUCUACCGAUCCUUUGGCUGCAUCCUUUUUGACAACGCCUGCCCCACCCCCAUCCUGCAUAAGAAACCCUGCCUAGACCAGCCCUCCUACAACAGCAGCCUCUGGGGUUCCAGCUGUGAUGGGCAGGACUGCAUUGCAGAGGGCUUGGAGCUCCCAGAGCUACAGGUCCAUGACUGGCUGAUCUUUGAGAACAUGGGCGCCUACACCAUAGCUGCCUCAUCCUCCUUCAAUGGGUUCCAGCCACCGCAAAUCAACUAUGCCAUGUCCCGCGUGGCCUGGGAAGCCAUCCAGCUGCUUCAGAGGAAGCUGCUGCAACCAGAAGAGACUAGGGAGAGCAGGUGCGCUCCUCUGUCCUGCGGUUGGGAGUUGCCAGGCCCGCUGUGCGCAAACCCUUUCUUCACUCCAGCCAGCAUCAUCUGAGCAGCACCAGUAAUACCAGGGGCAGAUCUUUAACCAGCAGGACUCGUGCCACACCCUGCUCACACCUACAGUCAACUUGCCUCUCCCACUUCUGCUCUUCAGUAGGACCCAUUUUCAAUUCAGUGUGGUUUUUUAAGUAUGCAACAUAAAUCCUGUUCCUCCUGCCUGCCUGGCGUUGCGUGCUGUGUGCUAUCAUGGAGGGUCUCCUGUUUGCUGUGUGGGCAUUGGGGGCUGACUGCUAGGAUCAUGUGAAAAUAAGUUAAGCUGAAUUGUUUUUUAUAAAGAAACACAUGGAUUUUCCCUCCCCUUCCUGCAAAGGGGAGUUCAGCAGAACACAGCUGAAGAUUGAUAGGACCACAGAGAAAACAGGCAAGUGUAAAUUAUAUCCCAAGCAAAUUGCAGUGCUGUUCCUCCAUUCCAGAACCUGAGGCAAGAGGUCAGACAUUUGCACACUGCUCAGUCACCAUCUGCUGGUAAAUCACAGGACUGCUGGGCUACAGAUCUGCAAUUCUGCUAUAUUUGCUUGUCACGUAUCUGUGCUUGUAAACCCUUCACAAGGAAAUGUUUUAAGAACAUCAUGGAGAGAGCCAGCAGCAUGUGAGCUGCAGAGUGUGCUCUCAGACACAGCAAGCAGAAUGAGCUCUUUUUUAGGUAAUACCUAAAAUUGAAGAUUAAAAAUGAAUCCAUCCUGGCUCGCAAACAAUGUGUGUGAUCCACUUAGAGACAGCU